GUUGAACAUACCUUCAAUGGAACGACGAGCAACUGGAGUUUCAAAUCAUUUAUACCCCUCAGUGAUCUGUUUGAUCCUACUAAGGGAUAUCUUGUCAAUGAUACUUUAAUUGUUGAAGCUGUUGUAAGGGAUUUUCUGGAUGAUUGGUCUUAUGACUCUAAGGAAAAGAAAGGUUAUGCAGGCAACAUGAUGUGCAAGAAUUCAAUAUGUGAGAAGUUAGAGGAUGCAAUGAAGGGAACUACUGCGGAGGGCACAAUCAAGAUGCUAUUUGAGGGUGUUAUGAGCUACAUUCGGUGUCUGUCUGUGAACUACAAUUCCACGGGGAAGGAGUUCUUCUAUGGUACUAACAUUUUCUUGGCAUAUACCAUGCUGAAGGACAUGGUCUACAGGAUGCAAACAAAGGUUUCUUGUUUCUUCGCUUCCCACCUGUUCUUCAACUGCAUCUAA